AUGGCGCGCGCAGCAGUGAUCCCCCAAUCCCCCGCCAAGCGGACGGGACGAACAUCUACCCAGUCUACAGCCGCCGCUGACGCAAAGAGGAAAGCUCCUCGCAAGGCAACGGUAGCAACAAGGACCGCGACCCCAACGCCGAACGUUGACUCCGACGACACAGAUGACGAGCUCGGCUUCAUCACAAACACAGCGAAACCCCGCGGCCGCGUCGCUGCUCGCCAAGCUGUAAAGACCAAAACGACACCAACUACCCGCGCCAAGAAAGUCUCUGCUGAACGUGUCGAUGCUGAGCCAAAGAACGCGUCUACAUCGGAAGCUGAGGCACCUAAGAAACGCGUCGGACGGCCGAGAAAGACCCCACCUGCGGAGGAAACGACAACACCGAAGCCCGCCACUGCUGCCAAAACUCGCGGACGACCCAGAGCAGCAACCCCUGCAGCUAAGGCCCCGAUACCUGCUCCCACUCGGAGGACUCGAUUGGCGAGCGAGUCCGUUAAUCAGACGAAACCAAAGAACAUUCAAAUCUCGACCAGUUCUAUUAUGCGCUCAAACAUAUCCCGCGGACCGGCCAAGAAGAAAACAGUUACGUUCCAGGAUUUAACCGAAUCCGAAGAGGAAGAUGUGACUGAGCCUGAAGCACCUGCUGCCGGUCGCAAACGGGCGGCAGCCAAACCUGCUGGCUCUGGAAAAGCUGGCCUUGGUGCAACGCCUGUUCGCAAGGCUCCAGCUACCGGUACUCGUGGGCGCAAACCCGCAGCAGCCAAAAAGGGAGCAGCCAAACCGCUAUCUCCCAAGAAGGACAAGCAGGUGGCUAAAUCUUUAUCGGCAUAUGCGAGCUCCGAUGACGAAGAUGAGUUGAACACGAUUAAAUCCGAGAGUGCAAGUCCAGUCAGGCUUGUAGUUCGCUCGCCUGUCAAGCAUGGGUUGGAAACCAGCGGAUUGAGCUCUCCUGUGCGAAGAAUCAAUUUCACCCCGAAGAAGGCCGCCAGCUUUAUCGACGAGAAUGGCGAACCGAAACUACCGACCCCCAAACACGGAUCAGAAGGCACCGGUCUUAGCUCUCCAGUCCGGAGGAUCAACUUCACACCGAACCGCAGCCAAAAUGCUGUCGCCGAGAAUGGCCAUCUUGCCCUACCACCGGGCAAUUCGAUCAACUUCAACCAAUCUGGACUUAUGGGCAGUCCUGCUAGACGAGCUCCCACAUCAUCUCCUUUUAAAUUCAGCUUGAGGGAAACACCAAAUCGCGCGGGCUCACUGUUCUUGGACAGUGCGAAUCCAGUGUCUGCCCCGGACUUCGCACCUGCCAACGCGUCCCCACUGAAGAUGUCUCCGAAGAAAGCAAAUCUUGGAGCAUCUUUCUCGCAAUCGGCGCUCAAGGCGUCCGCUCCACCAGCUCUCGCUCGUACUCCCCUCUUCCAGAGCCCCGCAAAGAGAAUAGCUUCCCCCUUCAAGAGUUCCAUCUUCUCGGCUCAUGCUUCUGUGAGCCAGACGAAUGCCGAAGAUGACGGAACCCCCACCAAGGCCUUGGAGCCAGAGGAAACUACGACCCCGAAAUCAUCACCACUGGCAAGAGACGAAAGCCGAGAGACAUCAGAGCAGGAUUGCGAAUUGGUCCAGGAUGUAGCUCGAGACAUUUUCAAUAUCGACAUCGAGCUUUCCGCUGAUGACAGAACACCAUCGCCUGACCCAACCCAGCGAGAGGAAGUUGCAUUCACACCAGAGAACGAUCGCCAUUUGGACGAUAUCGCUGUGGACAUGGAGGUCCAAAAUUACCCGGAAUCUGAACAGGCAGAAGACACAGACCUUGCUGAUGAGAUUCAAUAUGAAUACGAGGAACCAGAGACCCUUUGCUUUGAUGCAAUGGAAGAGGCAAACCUAGCGCCCGAGGAAUUUGACGACCAGGCGACUCUGGAAUACUCAGAUAUCGAAUAUCAGGAAGGCGUUCAAGAAGACGAGCUUUAUGAAUAUGAAGAACCCGAAACACUUUGCUUCGAUGCCAUGGAAGACGCGCAGAUGGAAACAGACGAUCUACAAUACGAUGAAAUCCGGGAUGAUUCAACUUCCGAAUCAGGUAGUUUCAUCCAAGAUGUGGCCCCAUUUGAGUAUGAAGAGGCCGAGUCUCUUUGCUUUGACACGAUGGAAGAUGAAUACCUUGCGGGCGUUGACCUCGUCCACCCAACAGUCGAAUCGGUAGACUCGGAGACUGAUGACAUGGAAAUUCCUGGAGCUGAGCAAUCUGAUCGCGAAAGUGAGACAGACCAGGGAGCUCGAACUCCCAGUGUUGAAUACGAUUCUCCUGAACCAAGCCCGACGCCGGUUCGGGGGAACAUUGAAAUGGACCAAUUGGAUGUUGAAGAAGAUACCAACGAUGAGGUCAUGAGCGAUAACGAUCAAGCGGAAAACAGUGGACCCAGCUCUACAAAUGGCUUCCAUAUUUCUUCGCCACAUGAGGCCAACAAUUUGCAAACUAGCGUCAGCUCGGCACAAAGGAUUCAAUCUCCCUUUUCUCCAGCCUCGAGUUCUUUGGAGGUUAGCAACACCACCCCAGUCUCCGCAAAUUGCCUAGACGACACCGAGAAUGGCAAUGACUCCACUCCUCGCGUGAAGAAUGCCAAUGCCAGCCACACCCCCAGCCCCUUUGAGAACAAACUCAACUACAUGCCAGAGGGCCAGGUCGAUAGCCCUGCGUUGAUGGCACCUAGUUUAUUCAACACACCAAGUGUUGCUGCCCAGCAUCACACACCCACCGAGACUGGCCUGGGCUUCACGCCGUUGGCACAACGGUUUGAUCGCUGGGAACAGGAUACUCCUUCUCAGGCCAGAUCACUUCGACCUCGUCGCCGUGGAGUCUUUUCGUUGGUGGGACCGCUGGAGCGUACGUCUGCCGCAGCCCCCGACGAGUCCGGCAGUGUCUCGUACCCAGAUAUUUCCAAGAGUUCUCUGGCAAAUACCCCUUCGUUCACCGAAUUGCCACUUCAGCCGCAGAGUGAUGAUACAAGCAUGAGCCCCGAACACGACCAGACUCCGCGACAAUCCGCAAUUUACGAACGCCGCAAGAGCUCUAUUUCACCGGCUAAGCAUACAGAGAUCUUUGAGGACCCUCUCCCGGACAGCACACGAACCUCCACCAAUCGUCGGAGUUUAGUCAAGGAGGAUAUCCCGGCUUCACAAAAUCUGCAGGAUCAAGGCACCGAAGACAAAGAAAACUGCGGUCCGCCGACUCACCUCCCAGUCACACCAAUCAAGACCAGACCUCAGACUGACGAUCAUCGGACUGUUCAUACUGUAUCAAAAGUCCCAUUAAAGGCCGAAGGCGAAGUCUCGCCUCUCAAACUGUCUCGUAAGAGAGGUCUUUCUCUCUCGGCAACUUCCCCCACACGCUCUUCCCCGCGCGUUCGAAAGCCUGCUGUGGUGUCACUCAACGACAAUUUCCCGGUCCUCCCACCUCCCCGAAAGGCGCCACGGGUCAGCAACGGUAGCCCAACCACAAAGAGACAUUCUACCAUGGGCAGACGCAGCAGUGGUCGAGGGCCCGUGGUGGCUUCACCCGGUCCUCCUGCUGCCACUGCUAGCCCUUUCAAGAAGCCCCGCCGCAGCAUCAGCAAAGAGCAAAAAGCUCUACACGGUGCGGUUGUGCAUGUGGACGUUCACACAACCGAGGGCGAGGAUGCAUCUGGUAUCUUUGUCGAGCUUCUCCAGCAAAUGGGGGCUCGCUGUGUGAAGUCUUGGUCUUGGAACCCCGGCUCUAGUCUUUCCCCUGUUGAUGGGGCAGACCCCAAGGAUUCACGUGUGGGUAUUACCCACGUCGUAUACAAGGAUGGUGGUCUUCGCACUUUGGAAAAAGUGAAGAAGGCCGCAGGCCUCGUGAAGUGUGUUGGCGUUGGUUGGGUUCUUGAUUGUGAGCGUGAAAGCCAGUGGUUAGAUGAAACACCCUACGCAGUUGACAGUUCAAUCAUCCCCCGCGGAGGCGCCAAGCGCCGCAAGAGCAUGGAACCUCGUGCGCUAAGCAACAUCAACGGUACAUUGGUUCGCAUCUCCGGAUCUCCGACGCCAUCAGCCAGUGGCCGUCGCAGUGGUGCCGGCCAGGGUGCUGUUGAUGGAUUCCGCAAAAUCACACCUCCAACUCACCAACAGGAGGUGCCAUCUACUCCCCCACGCCAAUCAUCCGCCACCGACUAUCAAUACCCUGCCACGCCUGGAUACAACUUUGCCAACCUAGAUGCCAUUGGCAUGUCUCCUGCUACGCCGGGAUUCCUCGGCAACCGCUCCAAGCUUGUUCAGCAGUCCUGCCCGCCGAAGCAAAGCAACCGAGGCCUUUUCCCUGGUGCCAAGCCUUCCAUAACAUCGCAGGAUGAUGGUGAUGACGAGGAUUCCAGGCGCCAGCGCCGCUUCCGUAUGGAGGCUGCUCGCCGAAAGAGCCUUGUGUACAAGCCUACAGUUGCCAGCCCUCUUGUGCCUUAG